AGAAUUUCAGUUUUCAGACGAUUCCUGGGAAUUUCAAGAAUCAUUGAUAGCAGCACCCGAAGCAGGAAUUCAUUGGCGAUGAUCUGCAUUCCUUCGCUACUAUUUUUACAAUGCGAUCCGCAGCUCGACCGCCGAUCUGCGUCGGAUAAGAAAUUGCCGGGAAUCACUAGAUUUCAAACUAAUCGAAACGGGAACUCUACGAGUUCUUCACCAGAAGCCGCAGGUAUAGUAAGCGACAACAAAAAUAACUCAGAACAGUAUACUCCCAAGCGCUCCAUUAUACCCGCCGCCAUCAGAUUACAGCGAAUAUGGGAGACUGAGCCACCUCAGAUUGGUGGCUUCGAAAUGGUUGGUGCCAACCAGAGAGCACCUUUUUGGGAACGGCAACAACAAGAAGAGGAGCAGGAGAAGUCGCCGACGAAAAAGCUGGUCGUGUCGCUUCGACGGAAAUCACAGGUGUUUGCAUUUUUGUGGACCUUGGUCACGUUCGUAGCCGUUGAUGACUAUGCCCUACUGCCUGUAGGAACCCUCUUGUACGCUGUGGCCAUAACAAUGGCCUGGGAAAACUGGACGGACGAGGCGGAAGAAAACCGAAGGCUGAUGCAGCAAAUAAACCGGCACAAAGCACGGUUGAAAACAAUCCAGCGGGAAGUUGAUAAUGCCAAGUUCGAAUACCACGUGCUCAAGAACAAACCACAAGUCGAUAUUGUGGUGCUCCAUCGGCGAGCAACAGCUCCUAAGUACAAUGGCCGUGAUAUGGAUUCUAAUUGGAACGCCGACGAUGACGACUGGGUAAUAUUCGCAGACGAAAAGAAACACAAGCAAUAACACUAGUCUGCUUCCUUGCUAUUGAGGAUGUCAGGAUCUUAAGGAAGAUAUUCAUGCUUUUCAGGAAGAGAGAGUAUUUUUUAGGAAGGACACAGAGGUAAAAAGGAAUAUUGACAGAGUGACACCUAUAUCUUGCGUCAUAUGCACGUUAAGUUUGAAUACGAUCGCCCACAACACAAUAUGCAAGUAGCAUCAAAACGAACGACGAUGAACACGGAGCACAGCACAAUAACUCUUAUUUUUCAAU